AUGAUUUCUCUGUUUUUUGUUCUGCUCAUUGGAGCCGCUUGUGAGUCUAGUAAUGAUCAUAGAAAAAGAACAGGACUGUUUAUGACACUAACAUCACACAUUGACGUUAUUAAGAAAUAUGUUUUUUGUUUUUGUUUUAUCAUAGUGCUAUGCUUUUCCAUCUCAAAAGGUGAGGUAAAAAUAGCUAAGAAUGUGCCUGCUCCUGUUUCUAGUUUGCACGGGGGACGCAAGAUCGUCGGAGGGUAUGAGUGCAAGGCCUACUCCAGCCCACCAGGUGUCUCUGAAGUUGGGUACCACUUUUUGUGGGGCUCCCUGGUCAACGAGAACUGGGUUGUGUCUGCUUUCUCACUGCUACAAGUCGUAAGUAGCCUACCAUGUGAACUCUGCAACAUAUUGAGUCAAAAACAACUAGCAACAAUUUGAUAAGCUUACCUUUUGCAAAACUAAAGGGGACAAGAGAAAAUCCACAUUCACAUGAACUGUCUCUCUGUCUCUUUCAGCCGUGUGGAGGUGCGUUGGGCGAGCACAACAUCAGGUGACUGAGGGAGCGAGCAGUUCAUCUCUUCCUCCCGUGUGAUCCGUCACCCCAACUACAGCUCCUACAAAAUGCGACAAUGACAUCAUGCUGAUCAAGCUGAGCAAGCCCGCCCCUCAACUCCUACGUGCAGCUGUUGCUCUGCCCACCAGCUUUUGCCCCCGCUGGCACCAUGUGUACCGUCUCUGGAUGGGGCAACACCAUGAGCUCCAGUGAGUACAGAACCUGGGUCAAAGGUUACAGUGCCAGUUGGUCAUCUUUAUGGGACUGAGUGCGUUUACAGGCAUUGAAAAUGUAGGCCUACUGUUAAAAACCACAAAUGUCAAUUAUAUCUAACCAUAACCCUCCUCCUUCUCUACCUUCUUCUCUUACCAUACCUACCUCCUCUCUCUCUCUCUCUCCCCUCCCUCUUUUUCUCGUCUCCCCCCUCUCUCUCCCCUCUCUCCCUCUCUCUCUCCUCUCCCUCUCUCUCUUCUCUCCUCUCUCUCCUCUCUUCCUCCCUCUCUUUAUUUCCUCCUCAGCUCUCACACCGCUUCUGCCUGA